AUGGAUCAGAUAGACGAGGAAGAUUGGUGUCAAAUCAUUAACAAAAAUGAUUUUAUCAAGGAUGACUGUCUCAUUUCAUCAAUUCCUGAUUGUUGCAAUAAUUUGAAUCGUUAUGAUAACGAUUAUCAUGAAGCACCUCAUUGUUUAUUUCAAUCGAAUAAAAAUGAAACAACAAUAUCACAAUAUGCAAAUAUUAUCAGUGAUAAUGAUACGAUAAGUUUGGAUGUGGAAGCAUUGGAAGAGCAAUUAAAUAUGGCAUCAAAUCUUCUUGAUGUUAAAAUUGAAUUAAACAAUAGUUAUCCGAUUGCAUCGGAAACGCUAUCUUUGACUAAUUCACAUUCUUCAUCAUCUUUUGAACAUCAAAACAAUGGAAUAUUUCGUUCAUCAUUUACCACUGGACAGUCAUUUUUAGACGAGGCAGAUUGUCUUGUUGAAUUAAAAGCAUAUGCUAAAACAAGGCGAAAAAUGCAUGAAAUGGCUGUGAAACAAAAACUUAUCACUGAACAAGAUCCAAAAGGUUAUGGAUUUUUGCAUUUGUCAUCGGAGGAGAAGCGAACAUUACUUCAGGAAGGUUACAAACUACCCACUGUUUUACCCUUAACAAAAUCUGAGGAAGAUGCGUUGAAAAUUAUUCGGCGUAAAAUUAAAAAUAAGCUGUCUGCGCAAGAAAGUCGUCGAAAACGUAAGGAAUAUAUGAAUGCGCUUGAAAAAAGAAUUCAAUAUUAUCUUAAUGAAAAUUCAACAUUAAAAUUAAAGCUAAAAGAUUUAGAACAAAAGAAUCGUAGUUUAUUUAUCGAAUUAAAACAUUUCAAAACAUCAAUUGGAUCAAAUCACAGAACAGAAAAUCAUCCAUCAUGUCCAACACCAAAUGUUACAACAAUUAAUUAA